AUGAAGGAGAAUUGUCAAGCUGGAGCAGAUAAGUACAUCAUGUAUCCGAGAUUCAUUAUGCUGUUACUCAAUAACAAAAUCAAAGACCUUCCGAAGGAUUGUGAGGAUGUGAUGGAGAUGAGCUGUGUGAAUAAGGUUACAAUUGGAAGAAUCACAAAAGAUAAGGAUGAGAAAACCAAGCAAAUGAUUUGUAGAAUAAAAGAUAAAGCAUAUGUUGCUCCUGAAAACGAUAGACGGAGACAUGACGACAGCAAUUCCGACAAUGAAGACUCAAGAAUGAAUGAGAUGACUGAGAAGAAGACUAGGUGGUGGCAUGUUAGAGAUGGAAAAAGGAAAAGAACACCUAAGUCAUCCCCUGCGGUUGUUAUUCCUAAAGAAGGAGAAAAGGGGUCUUCUGGAGAGCCACAGCAGAAGUUAAUUGAUGAGACAGUUCUAGAGCCAUCUGUGGUGAUUGAACAAGGUGCUGAUUUAUUAAAGCAAUCUUUGGAAACCUAUUUGAAAAAGAACGAAGAGGUUGCAGCACAACAAGCUCAAGGAACAGGUGUUCAUGCUGAAAAGGUUACAAGGGGUCAACAAGAAACAGAAGUUUUAAGGAGUUCAAGUGAUGGAGAUUCUGAAGCUACUCAAUCUGAAUCAGAAUUAAUUCCUGAAACUGUUGGUAAAGGAAAAGUUCAGUUAAAGAAAAAGCCUACAAAGAAACAAAAAGGAUCAGAUGAAGAAGAUUCUCCUUAUGAUCCUGAAAAGUCAAAGAGACAGAGAAAGAAACGAAAGGCAGCUCCAAUUGGGGUUAUUCCCAGAAAUGUCAGAUCAAAGAAGUCUGGAGCUGAAUCUCAAAAAGAUAAAGAUGGAAAGGCAGCUCAACAUGUUGAGAAAGAAAAAUCACCAAGUGUUGAAAUUCCAAAAGAAUCGGAGGUGAAAACAACAGAAGUUCCAGUUGUUGGAACAGAAGAGAAAACAGAUGAUGAAGUAGAGAUCACUGGAUUCAGAGCUGCUAGUCCAAAACCUGCUCAACAAGAUAUUCCUGGUUCAUCACGUCAGAGAGAAGAAGAUUUCAACUUCAAUUUUGAUUAUCUUGGUACUGCUACUGGUGUUUUCUCUGAAGACAUGCCUGAAGGUGAAAGUGACAUGUCUAAUGAUAAAGCGGUUAAAGAAUUGAUCAAGAAGGUUAAAGAACUGGAGAAAGAAAAAGCAACAGCUAAAAUGGAGCGCAAUUCUAUGAGAAGUCAAAUUGAUGAUUUGAUGGAAGCUCACAACAAAGUUGUUGCAGCAUUGGUCGAAAAGGAGAAAAGAAUGAAGGAUGAUGUCGAGGUUAACUCUAAAGUGUUUGACUCGUUAACACAAGAGAUAUCUUCCUUGAAUACCAAGAUAAAAGAUCUGGAGAAUGUGAAUCAAACACUAAAUCAACUUCUCAAUGAAAUGAGUGAAGCCUCUUCAAAUGAAAUGAAGGCAAUAAAGUUGGAGAUGGAGGCUAUGAAAGCUGAUAAAUUGAUGAAAGAUCAACAAAUUCAGAUGCUGGUUGCUGUAGUUGAAAGUCAUUUGAAGAUGAGCAUUCAUGCUGCUUUUGAUGAAAUUGAUGUGAUAAGAGCUAACGAAAGAAGAAUGGAGCGUGAACGUCAAAUGGCUGAAGAAGCAAAUCUAAGAAACAAAGGGAUAGUUGAAGAGAUUGAGGUAGUUGGAGGUUCUUCUUCGCAACCUGAUAUUGAAAUGAUUGAAGAGGUUGAGGAUCAAGAACAAGAAAUUGCUGAAAAUCAUCAAGAGAUGGUUGAAGCAGGAGAUGAGGAGCCUCAUGAACCAGAAUACUUGAUUGUUGGAGAACCUGUUGAGCCUAUUAUUGCUGAAAAUGUUCUUCGAAGAGUUGAAAUUAUCCAAAGAAGAAGAAGAGCAAGAGAAGUACUACUACUGGAGUAUACAACUGACAAAUUCGUGUUGGUUGGCGAUGCUUAUCCUGUGCCAUAUAAUGGAAAAGAAGUGGCAAAACUAACAAGAUUCUUUGAUCUAAAAAGAAAAGGAAGGAUAGCUCGUGGAGAGAUCGUAGAUGAAGAGUCAGACAUAGAAAUGUUUGGUGAUGAAGAUGAAGAAGAUGAAGAUGAUUCUGAUGUCAAAGAUAAUAAAGCUGAUGAUAAAUCUGAUAAAGAUGACAAAGAUGAUGACGACAAUGAUCAAGGUGCUUCAGGCUUAUUAAUCAGUGAACCAAAUGUUCAAGAAAGAGUGGAUGAGUUGAUGAAUAAUGAAAUAAAUGAGCAGGAGGAUGAAGUUGAACAUGAAGCAUCGUCGUCUAGGAAACAACCUGGUGAUCAGGUACUUCUUUCUAAUCCUACUGUCAUUUACUUAUCCGGUAAACAACAAGGAGAAGUAGAGGUUAAAAGAACACGGGCUGAAAUGUUAGAGGAAUUGGGGUUGGAAGAUGGAAAAUUUAAAUUUGAUAUUGAAGACGAAAUUCCUCACUCACCUGCUAAAGAUUUCGAGCCUAGAUACCCUCAUGAAGCUGAUCAUUAUCAUGACGUGAUUGUUGAAAGUGCGUCUGAUUCAGAGGAAGAUAGAGUUGAUUUUCAUUAUGAAGGGGAAGAUGUUGCAUUCCCUACUUUCAGAGAGUUGUUUCAAGAAAAGAAUGAAGAUGAGUUGAGAAGAAAGAUUGAUGAAAGGGUUUCUACAGCAGAUAUUCCUGAACCGGUUUCUAAAGAGAUAACAGUUGAAGAAAGAAAAUGA